ACGCGCGCGGCACCACCGUGCACCGUUGGCACGAUAUCUCGCGGCCAUCUUCAGUAGUCAUUGGGCAGAUCUAGGAGUGAACAGUGGCGCCCUGUGAACCUACGCCAGGACUAGGCCCUAGCCCUCUGUAUUUCCCUCGGUGCACGGGUGUCCCCUGUGUCGCUGCUCCCGGUGUGUGGUGAUUGGUGUUUGGACUCCCCUUAUUAUCGGAUGUUUCCCAUGGAGCUGCAUUCCCCUUCCUAGCGCAAGUGCCAAGUGCAUUUUCCUGCAGUGCUGCUGCUCCAUCCAAUUAUCCUCGAGGGCGAGCGCUCGAUGGCCUAUCCUUGGUGGUAGAGUGCCGUUCACCGAGGGCCUAGCAAGCAAGUGACGUGGUUUCGUGGCAGCGUCUGUUAGUGCGCACCGCACCGUCGGUUUGUGUGUGAGUGGGAGGAGGGAGUGAUCAAGGAAUGGAAUCGGCGGCACGGGUCCACCAGCCAUCGUCGAAGGCGUCGGCUGGCCGGACGACGCACCGACGUUCGAGGCGUAGCGCCACACCGCAACGGUUGGAGCAGCUCGAACAAUCGGAGAUCCGGCGUGACGAUGGGGCAACGGGAGACCAAUCCGCGGAGCCCGAGGGUACUAAAAAUAGAUCCACGUCAACCCUUAUCCGGGUAGUGCGGCGUCCUGAUACGCCCGAGAACAACAGUGGCACGGGUAGCACAACAACGAAUGCCAGCAGUGCCAGUGUUACGACCUCGCUGGCUGGCAACCAACAGCCACCGUCGAGUGAUGGUGUCACGGUGAGGACAAGGCGUCGAGGGAAGUCACGUACACCGACCGAGCCCGGUGGCACACCGGUCGUUGUCCCUGGCGAGGCCACACUUGUGGAUGAACCGACGGAAGCGACGGUAGAGGUGGUUGCCGUUGAUCUGGAGAGUGGUGUGGCCACCCUCGAGACGGUACCGGGUGGUCCAGGGGAUGAGAAGAUCCAGAAGGGUAUCCUCGGGUACAUGGAUCGGCAGCUGAAGGUCCAAUCGUUGUCGGAUCCGCAAAAGAGUCCAGCACAGCGGAGUACCCGCAGCCGGAGCAGCCUGGAGAAGAGCCCGAGGCGCAAGCGAAGCAAAUCGGAGUCCAGGAGACGCCGCGAGCGGAAGAUGCUGGCCGCUGGGGAGAUGGAGGUGCGGCAGGCCAACGAAACGCUGAUGCGCUACCUGAAGCAGUGCUCCGACUUUAACGAUGCAUCACUAUCGGGCGACCUGGAGAUUCCGGAACAUCUCGAGGAUCGGCGUGUUCACCGGAAAACGAAAUCCCAGCGGGAACGGAAGGCCCAUCAGCUGCAACCGUCCGACCAUCGGGCGUCCGGUACCAGAUCAUCCCACGCUGAUGAUCUUCUGAGCUACCAUGGAGAGAUCUACAACCCCUUCACGCCGGUGGUGUCACCGACGACCGAAGGAGCACCGACGAGGAUCGACAAAAUGUACAUACAGACUGCCAGCGGUUACCGACCAGUGGACAAUACGUACUCCUACCAUAAAACGACGGCAAUGAUUGCUGGUGGUGAUCCGGAAAGCAAUAGCAAUACAAUAAGCACCUCCGUGCAUCUGUCCUGUGCAGUUCAGCGGGUGUGGCACCUUCUUUCGACCAUCUGCCACGGGCUGCUCGGUGGCCUAGCGUUCGGGCAUCUGUUACUGAUCUGCACGACCAAACCGUACGACUGGAUGGAAGCCUCGAUCCGGCACUAUUCAUCCUUUGCCGAGGUGUACGCCAACACUUUCUACUGCUUGGCCAUCGUUUGCAUGGUUUCGAUAUUCGAUCGCGUGGACAUUGCGCACGGUGGUGAUUCCAAUAUCUCCUUCCGGUCAGUCUUCGUUAUCAUGAUCUACGUGAUGACGAUCAUACUGAGCCUAUCGGCUGGCUCGAUGGAUGAACGGCUGUAUCUAACGCCGACUUUGAACGUCACCGUUUGGGAGGAGGAGCUGGAAACAAAUAAAGUGCUGAGCAUCUGGAAUGCCCUCUCGAUAGCGCGUAGCGUCGGUGCCAUCUUUGGCUGGCUGGUGGUGGGAUUUCUGCCCAACCAGGACAAUCUUUACGAUCAACUGCUAGAGAUGGAAAAAUAUCAGCUGCAGUGAGCUGCCGCUCGUAGCGCUGAAUUCGGGUCCGGGGACCGCUCUGUAAAUAUUCCUGGUAGUGCAAUAAUGAAGGGAGAAAGCGCAGAAACAUAAUCACGCUUAAUCUGUUAAUUCUGCAAGACGGAGACGCUGCCAGCCGCUGGGACCGUAAGUGGCAGGUCGUGCGCAAGGGGCUGUGGUUCAAUCAUGCGAGGGAUGAGCAACGUUUAGGUAACAAUGAAUUGAAUUAGCAUGUAUAGUGAACGUUCUGCAUGCACCGGAGAACGGUGUAGUGUGCACUCAUGGUGACAUGGAAACGGAAAGGACUGAUAAUCAUUUUGUAAUCAAAUGAUCUAGUAUUCCACAAAAGUACACGAACAAUUAACACAUCAAGGCUAGCAUUAGUGGGUAGAAAAGGUGCAAGUAGCAGAGACGACGGUCUGAGAUAAAGGAGGGAUGAAGAGUGAGAGCGGAAGCAAGCGGCGCAGUCUCGUAGAUAAAGUGACGAAAUACUCUGAACUGUUAUGAUUAUUAAGUAAAUUAAAUCCACACACGCGCAGGCAUGAAUAUCCAUACUAUCAUUUAGCGAAAUACAGAAAUGCAACGUAAUAUGCUCGGCGUGGUUUCUUUUCUUUAUUCUUGCGAAACACGUUGUCUU